AGUAUGACGCUCCACAGCUCUGUGUGCUAGCUGCUUCAAGUCUAACAACAGUCAUUCAAUAUGACAACCACUGUUGUAUAAAUAUAAAAACCCGCUUUGCUUUUUCAACUAUCAGACCGCUGACUGUGAAAAAGAGGAAGCACCGAAUGAAGGAGCGUGACCAGAUGGCAGGAGUAUUCGACAUAGACUUGGAGACGGAGGACAUCAGUGAUACAGAGGAUGAUGACUGUGACUUCACGGUGACAGAGCCAGAGAAUGUACAGACAGAGGAAGUGGAGCUGACCAGUGAGAGUGUCAACAGAGACAGUGAGAGAGUCGGACCUGAUUGCUUUGAGCUGCUCACUGUGCUGGGAAAAGGAGCGUAUGGCAAGGUUUUCCAGGUGAGGAAGGUUCAAGGCGCCCAGUUGGGGAAAAUAUUUGCCAUGAAGGUCUUAAAAAAGGCUAAGAUUGUGUGUAACGCUAAAGACACGGCCCACACGAGAGCAGAGCGUGAGAUCCUGGAGACGGUGAGACACCCGUUCAUCGUGGACCUUCUCUACGCCUUUCAGACGGGAGGGAAACUCUACCUCAUACUGGAGUGUCUGAGCGGAGGGGAGCUGUUCAUGCAGCUGGAGAAGGAGGGCAUCUUCAUGGAGGACACUGCCUGUUUCUAUUUAGGAGAGAUCACACUGGCUCUAGGUCACCUCCACUCUAACGGUAUCAUCUACCGAGACCUCAAACCUGAAAACAUCAUGCUCAGUCACCAAGGACACAUCAAGCUGACUGACUUCGGCCUCUGCAAGGAGUCAAUUCACGAUGGGAGUGUCACACACACCUUCUGCGGCACCAUAGAAUACAUGGCUCCAGAGAUCUUGACCAGGUCAGGUCACAAUAGAGCAGUAGACUGGUGGAGCCUGGGGGCCCUGAUGUACGACAUGAUGACGGGAUCGCCUCCAUUCACAGCUGAAAACAGAAAGAAGACCAUUGACAAGAUCUUGAAAUGUAAACUCAACCUGCCGCCAUACCUGACCAUCGAUGCCAGGGACCUCAUCAAGAAGCUGUUGAAGAAGAGUCCAUCCCAGAGACUCGGCUCUAGUAAAACAGACUGUGCUGACAUUCAGAAACAUCCAUUCUUCAGGCACGUCAGCUGGGAUGACCUGCUGAACAAGAGAGUGGAGCCACCAUACAAACCACAGCUGCACUCAGACGAGGACGUGAGUCAGUUUGACACCAGAUUUACCAGACAGACACCGGUGGACAGUCCAGACGACACCACGCUCAGUCACAGCGCAGAGCUCGCCUUCGCUGGCUUCACCUACGUAGCUCCUUCGGUCCUAGAGAGCCUGAAAGAAGGCUUCUCGUUUGAACCCCGAACACGAGCUGUACGCCGACACAACAGCAGCCCACGCACACCCAUCAGUCCUUUGAAAUUUUCCCCCGCCGGACCCUUCAAGUCCAGCAUCGACGGAGAGCCGGACCUGUUCUCCCCCAUCUCUCCGCCGGCAGCUCCGGCUUCCAUGCCGCUGGAGAAUGGAGCCGCCAGUCAGCCAAUCAGGACCCCCGCCAGGAACAAGAAGCAGAAGGCACACCGGAGAUGAAGAGGAAGACUUUGUAAGACCUUGGUCAGAUUUUUAUAAGGGUCAGGGCAGGGAGCUGGUGGUGGUGUUUGUUUGUUGCUGGUACCAUAUUUAAUUUGAAGUGGUUUAACAUGGGGGUGCACUAAAAAGCAAUUGAAAUCUUCGAGUACUUCCUGUUUGUUAUAACGACUAUCUACAGGUAGAUUAUUCACUGGAGCAGUGUGGAACUUCCAUGCUUUUACUUUCUUCAAGCUACUUCAAAGAACUUCAGUUUUCUUGUCAAUCACAGACGGUCACCUGACUGUAUAAAGCUUUAAUUUACAGCCUCAAUAUGUCACUCAUAGAUCUGUCCCACUUUGGCACUAAUACAUGGGAAACAGUGAAAAUAUAUUAUAAAGACAGCACUAGAAAAAAGGGCGAUAAACCCUUGAUUUUUCUUCACCAAAUUCCCUAAAUCUAUUGUGAGCGUACAAGGUCAGGUAAGUGACUGAUUGAUUGGUACCAGUGUUUCAUUCUGCAUGUACAUGGUAGUCUAAUUACAGAAAAAGGGAAGCUGUGAUAUAAAGUUUUUUGGGAGGGUUUAAUUAGUUCAGAAGCUUUUUAAUGAGUUCAUCAGAGUUUGUGCAAAAGAGGUCGGCUAUCACAGGCUGACGUUUUAAUUAGAGAACUGAUAAAGGUUCACAUGAUUGAAGGAAGUCUUUUCCAUUAUGGGGUGAAGUGUGAAACUGACCUUCAAGACGUCAGGUUAUCAAGUAACUUCUGGCUACACAACCUUAAAAAGUAGCGAGAUAAGUCGUGUGCCGGGUUGUAACUGUAUCAUAUAGGAAUCUACUGAAUGAAAUGCUACAAACCGCACAAAUCUAAUCACUUAUGCGUGAAUGUCAGAUUUGAUCUGCAGUGAAAGUUUCUAUGAAAAAUAUGCCGACUUUCAUCAGAUUCUCAUGUCUCCGAGCUUUCUUUACAGAAUCAUUACGCCUACUGCCAAAGUUUCUCACAAACGCUAUCCUCAUAUUGUACAAAUGGACCAAUCACACUAGAGUAGAGUGCACUUAUCAGGAGGGGUAUACGCCAUGUAUUAAUGUGGGUAACAGAGAGGUUUUCAUCCUCUUAUAACCCUUCCUCAAAUUAGCGCCUGUAUAGAAAUGAAAAGCCCAGUGUUCUUAGAAACGUAGAUAUCUAUACUAUCAGUACAAUAUACAGUCAGAACUAGGCCUGUCUCAAUAAUUACAUUAUCAACCUAUCAUACAAUACUGUAAUUAUCAACAUCAUCAUGUCUAUACAUGGACUUAUCGUAUGAUACAUAAACAUGACCUUGAUCAUUCUUUUGAUCUCAGUUUUGCCACACUUCCCAUUGGCUAAGCAAUGUGACAUGGGAUAAAAGGUAAUAGAAUUAAAGGUAAAAAAAAAACUCUGUACCGGCUCAUAAUGGCACUCUGUGUUUUUACAGAACUGUAGCUCCCACUCUCCAAUCCCACCCCCAACCCCCCUUGCAUUAUUAUGCUAUUACAUUAGUGGUAUAAAAUGAUCUUCAAUUGACAAUAAUAUCGUUUAUCCUGAUUAUUUCUAAAACAAUAUAUCGUCCAACACAAGUAGUUAUUGUUACAGGUCUAGUCAGAUCAGGCUGUAAAAAGCGGUGCUCUAAGAACAUAAUAUCUUAGGUAUAAUCUUGUAUAAAAAGAGUAUUUUGGGUUACCAAACAAUUAUUUUUACAUUAUGAAACCUAGGUCAUAUAGUAUUAAGAAAAGAAAAUUCAAAUUCUACAUAUUUUGAAGUGUUUGUUAUGGUCUGACACACCUGUAAGGGUUAAGCCACCGCAAGCAACCUCAGUCAAACACUUAAUUCAACACUUGGAUGGAUUUCAGAUUUAAGAUUUUUUCGAUGCCAACAUAUUAUAAGCUCUUUGAAUUAUUUAUUUUUCUUUUGCUCCAUAAAGCUAAGAGGUAAAUGGAUUAUAAGGGCACAUGUCACUAUAUCAUGUAUUACUGCAAAAAAAAUGAUGCUUGCAUGUGUCUUGAGGCACUAAAACACAUGCAGCUCUUCAAGGUAGCAGAGACAAAAUGAUCUUGUGCAGUGAUUUUUAAUGCAAAUGUUACAAAUGAAUUCAGGAUAAUAAAAUGUAUUGGCCGAAUCUAUAAAUAAUUGUUUCCAAUCCAGUGAUGCAAUGACAAUUUAACAAAAUCAUAAAAGUUUCAUGAAUAAGAUCCUUAACGUUUCUUUAUAUUUGUUGGAUAAAAUGGUCAAUUUUCUUCAAUGCCUCGUGAUGUCUACCAGGACCUUUACUGGAGAAUAAAGAAUGUAUUUUACCAGGUGAAAACUAUCCUUUGCAAUGUAUGGAGACUCAAAGUGUUCAAUAUUAAAAGUGUAUUCAUUUGACUUUAACUUUUUGGCCAUUUGUAGACAGUGCAACAUGCUGUAAACACAACUACAACACGGUUGCCUAUUUAGCCAUCAAGCAGACACAGAGCAAUUAGAAUUAGCAUUAGAAUUCAUUGGGAUUUGUGUUUGUGUUCACCUGACAAAUGUAAGCUGGGCCUGUUUUUGUCUCCAUUAACCACUGAGAGAAAUAUCUGGUACUUAAUCUGCUAAAUGCUCCACUGUGUUGCAGAGAUAUCUACUGAAGUAAGCAUGCUAACAUGCUAACCUGCUAACCCAGGCCCGUCCUGUUUCAGAAUGAACACGUACCUCAAGAGGUGAUAGUGAGUCACUGUAGCCUCUGGUCUGCCCUCAGUCCAACAUAAAAAGCACUUUCUCUAGGUUCGAUUUAUUCAAGCUAAUGUUAGCUCAACGUUAACACUGUAUUGAUGUUGCCAUCGCACAUAAUCAAUGUCUUAGUUACCUAGUUUGAGUCAGCGCUAAUGAAGUGUAGCGUAACAUAGAGAACACUCCAAUUUUCUGGCGAUAUGCUACCUCCUGGAGUGUUGAGUAUGAAUUUGCCAAUUCCUACAUAUUUCACCUUAACAGUGUUUUCUGUACUUUUUAUGUUUUGUUUUAACUUGACAUUUUACCAGCCUAGCAUCACUUUUCUUCCAGCAAUCAAAUGCUAACUUAAUAGUUAAGUCGUCAAAUCACAGACAGCGGGAGAUCAUUCCGAUAGCUUGCAACUACAUAUGUUGCAAGCAAGGUAAGAGGUAACAUAGCACUGAUUUUAUUGACUUAACACAAGUUUAUCAGCUUGAUACAGAUGAAGUGCUGCUCUCUUUUUACCCGUUCAGAGUGUAGGAGGUCUUGUGGUACACAUAGGCAUUAACCAACUGGCUUUGAGAGAUGAAGGUACCUAUCGCACCCUGUAUCCUUCCACCAAAGCAGAUAAUUAGUGUCUGCAAAGAGAGGAAUCUCCUUCAUGUAAGCUUGCAUCUCCUCAAUUGUGUUCCUAGUUUGUAGAGCCUCCUCUGCUGGAGCACAAGUCAAACUACUUCAGAAAGUCUUAAGCAUAUAUAGACUGUAUACAUUCUGAAUUUAAACAAGUUAUUACAGUUUGGAUAUUACAUUUUCCCCCACGUUUAAACAAAUGAUGAAUAAAACGACAGCCUGGCCCUGGGCUCAUUCAGAACAAGUCAGCAUGCAGUCACAUGACUGGCUUUACCCAGUUUCUUAAGUGACUGCUGAAUACUUUGUGAUGAGAAGUGGCACAAUGAAAUGAAACAAUCACUGGGGGAAUGGCUGUUGUCAAAGCACACUUUGGAAGAAACUGAACACUUUGGGUCUCCACAGUAUUGAGAUUGAGCUGCUUUUUUUUUUUUUUUUUUUUUUUCCGUAAAGGAAGACUUCCAUUUUUCUGCUUUUGUUUGCAGGUCUCUCAUGCUCACAGCAGUGGAAAUCUUGUCCGACUCAUAAUGUCUUCCUACCUUCCUUCGUUAGCACUGGAUGUAGAGUGUGUGCAUGUUUGAUGCUGGCUCAUGAUAAACAGCAGUCUGUAAUGACACUGUAACUGUACAGUGACAAAGGAUAAACUGUUUGAAAUCACGGUAUAAUGUAAGAUAAGUGCACACACGGCUCUGGGUUUUUGUCUCAAAUCACAAAUUUGCUGCGGUCUCAUCAUAAAAUAUGCAGCUGGACAGCAAGAACAGCUGUUGAUUGUGUUUAGUUUUGUAUAUUUAUUAACUUAAACAAUUAAAGAAUGGUAUACUCAGUGCUAUGAAAGGAUUCUACAACUCUUGAGAUAAUGGACAUUUUUCAUAUGUGUAUUCAAAGAUAAUGAUUGAGUGGACUACAGCUAAUGUUUGGGAUUAUUGCUGCAUUUUUCUUUUGUGUCAUAUUUUCUUUCUGCUUAACUGAUGAAUAGUUGAGAAUAAAAACAUUGAUUGCUGAA